AUGUUAUUUUUUGUCUCCUUUACAGUACUCUGUGCAAAAAACUUGGUGAAAAAGGAUUUUUUCCGACUUCCUGAUCCAUUUGCUAAGGUGGUAGUUGAUGGAUCUGGGCAAUGCCAUUCUACAGAUACUGUGAAGAAUACACUCGACCCAAAGUGGAAUCAGCACUAUGACCUGUAUAUUGGAAAGUCUGAUUCGGUUACAAUCAGUGUAUGGAAUCACAAGAAGAUCCAUAAAAAACAAGGUGCUGGAUUUCUUGGUUGUGUUCGUCUUCUUUCCAAUGCCAUCAACCGCCUCAAAGACACUGGUUAUCAGAGGUUGGAUCUGUGCAAACUUGGGCCAAAUGACAAUGAUACAGUUAGAGGACAGAUAGUAGGUAAGUGUGGAAUUUAAAGUUACAUGAAUUUUGGCCUC